CUGCUUCCCUCCCACCAUCUCUUGCCCUGAACAAAUGGGCGGAGCCUGUUAUGCUAAUGAGGCCGAGGCUGCUGUGCACUGUGCAGCGAACCCUCCGGGACUGGAGGGAACCUCUCUGCCCCCUCCCCACAACUUCCCCCCGCCCAACCCCAUUUGCCCCCUCUCCCGCACGGCCUCGGCCCCUCCCCCACUCCCACCCCAGAUUCCCGGCAGCCCCUUUCGGGGACAGGAGAGGGGGGGCUGCAGUCACCCUAAGGUUACGAGCCAGGAUCCCCGGGGGUCCCAGCCCCCCCAUUGCCCUUGAGCUAUGCAGGUCUCUAUCGCCUGCACCGAGCAGAAUCUGCGGAGCCGCAGCACAGAGGAGCGGCUCUGUGCGGGAGGGCGCGGGGUGCCGGCCCAGGGGGGCGCGGGGAAUGGGGGGCACCAGCCCCCUAAGGGGGCCCGGGGGCUGGUGGCCGUGGCGGGGCUGCGAGCACCCGGCCAGAACCUGCCCCACAUCGCAUUCCUGCUUCGGGAGUCCACUGGGCUGGCCACCGGAAUGAAAUACAGAAAUCUGGGUAAAUCCGGGCUCCGUGUCUCCUGCCUCGGGCUUGGCACCUGGGUGACGUUUGGCUCCCAGAUCUCAGACGAGACGGCGGAGAAUGUGAUGACCAUCGCCUACGAGAACGGGUUCAACCUCUUCGACACGGCCGAGGUCUAUGCUUCUGGCAAGGCAGAAAAAACUCUGGGCAACAUCCUGCGAAGCAAAGGCUGGAGGCGAUCCAGCUACGUUGUCACCACCAAGAUCUACUGGGGUGGCCAGGCAGAGACAGAGCGGGGCCUCUCCCGGAAACACAUCAUUGAGGGGCUGAGGGGGUCGCUGGAGCGGCUGCAGCUGGACUACGUCGAUAUCGUCUUCGCCAACCGCAUGGACGCCAACAGCCCCAUGGAAGAGUAUGACCCCAACUUCCGCCUACUGCUACUGGAAGAGAUCGUGCGGGCCAUGACUUACGUCAUCAACCAGGGCAUGGCCAUGUACUGGGGCACCUCGCGCUGGAGCGCCAUGGAGAUCAUGGAGGCGUAUUCGGUGGCCCGGCAGUUCAACCUCGUGCCACCGGUGUGCGAACAGGCCGAGUACCACAUGUUCCAGCGCGACAAGGUGGAGUCGCAGCUCCCCGAGCUCUACCACAAGAUCGGUGUGGGUGCCGUUACCUGGUCCCCCCUGGCCUGCGGCCUCAUCACCGGCAAGUAUGAGGAGCGGGUCCCCGAGAACUGUCGGGCCACCAUCAAGGGCUACCAGUGGCUGAAGGAGAAGCUGCAGAGCGACGACGGGCGGAAGCAACAGGCCAAGAUCAAGGAGCUGCAGCCCAUCGCCGAGAGUCUGAGCUGCACCGUGGCCCAGCUGGCGAUCGGUGCUGGCCCAGCUGACCCCGCCCGUCAUUCAGGAAAUCGACACCCUCCUGGGCAACAAGCCCAAUACGAAAAAAGAGUCCCGGGCGUAGGGACACAUCGGCGCCCGGGACUGUGCAUGUCCUUGUCCCACCGGACUGUGUAUCCCUCUGCCCGGCUCUCUGCACUGCUGGGGAGAAGGAGCCGCUUCGCGCAUGACCCAAGACCACCCCCCUCCCCCGUACCUUCCCGGUGCUUCGACCUAUCCCCACUGCCAGCAUGAGCCAGGGGAUUGGCGGGUGAAAGGCCCCGCCCACCCUGCCAGCUUUCGCGCCGGAUCUCGCCGGCCGCUUCGCCUUCCGCCAUAUCCAUGCUCUCGUUUUUAAAGGGAUGGGGCACCGCCUCGGCCCGGGAUUCAUCGAUCGAUCUAAUUAACCCAGCCGACGUGGAGAAUGGGGGGCACUUGUGGCUUUCCCUGCGCACCCCCAGUUGGCUCCCGUGUGGCUCUGGGACUCUGUCCGUCCCUCCGUCCCCCCAGCUGGCUGGUGCCCCCUGCUGGGGACUUGGGGAAUUCCCUUCGGGGGACUGUUUUUCUCUCACUGCCCCCCCCCUUUCCCCGUGGUGGAAGGAUAUUGAUCAAAUCCACCCAGGACAUUUUUCUUUCCACUCGAGUUUCUUUCUCCACUUUAAAUGAAAAAACAACAAAACCCAUCGAUCAUCCAGAGCCAGCUCUUCCUAUAGCAAUAAUGCUCCAGCGAGGGGGAGGGCACGGGGGGGCUACACGCCCCCCCCAUCCAGGAACACACCCACCCCCCCGCUUUCGCACAAUCCUGGCUUCCGGUCGGCCUGCCGGUGGCUGGACAGACAGGCCCCGUCCUCUCGGGGUUGGUGGACUCUGUACAGAAACGAGAGCGGCACUUCCCAUUCUCCCGGGGGAGCAAGGGGCCCUGCUGCCGGCAAACACCCAGAGGAAAGCCAGGGGGACGGGACCCAGGAGUCCGGGACAAAGUCUCCACUCCCCUCCCCCUCCCCUGAAACGUCCUUUUCCUUCGCUUCCUGGCCUACGUUCUCAUGGAGUUGCAGGCGGCAGUUCAGCAGCUGCCAUGACUUGCCCCAGAGGUGGCUGCAUCUCAGCGCCAGGCGAGGGGGCCCUGUGUAAUCAGCCGCCCCACCCCAGAAGUGGCUGCAUCUCGGCACUGAACAGGAUCCAAUCUCUCGCCAGCUCCGGGCAACAGCUGCUGAGCAUGUCACUGUAACGUAGCCCAGGACCGGCUCCAACGGGGCCGACGACAGACGGCCCCAGCUCUGCCCCGGGGUCUGGGCACGGUUCCAUCCCCACACUGAACCGGGCUCUUUUUCCGCAAACCCUGUGUGAACCUGCAGUGCACCUCAAGAGCCAGUAGGGAGCACGUUUUUCUUAGAUCCCACCAGAUGAGUUUAAGACGUGGGAGGGGAAUUAAACUCCAGGGUGGGGUUAGAGCAGGGGGGCUGGGAGCCAGGAUCCUGGGUUAUAUUCGUAGCUGAUGCUGUCUGUGACCUUGGCCAUGUUCUCUGCUGUUCAUAAUGAGCCACUUGAAAGGCAGGUUUUGCAGCUGAAUGGAUGUUUGUUCCGCAGCAGUGCGUGAAAGGAGCUUAGAAUAGCCCAAGGCCUGAAAUAGCUGAGGGGCUGCGGGUCAGGAGUGAGGGGCACCGGCUGAGCUGCGGGGGGGGGGCAGGGCUGGGCUAGCAGGGGACUGCGGGUCGGGAGUGAGGGGCACCGGCUGAGCUGGGGGGGCCCGGGGCUGGGCUGGCAGGGGCUGCGGGUCGGGAGUCAGGGGCACCGGCAAAGCUGGGGUGUGGGGAGUUCAGGUGUGGGUCUAUCUCAGGGCUACGCCUCCCCUCCCACGUGCUGCGGUGCAUUGCAGGUCCUUCUGUUGGGCCCCCCUGCCCUGUAGCUUCACCCCACACAGAGCCCCCCCCCCCUCCGGCCCAGAGAUGUUUGGGGGUUGGCUGUGGAAGCUUCGCUCUCUUUUCGGAAGAAGGUUGAAAUUUAAAAAGGAAAAUAAUAAAUCAGUAACCAACCGAA